CGAAGAGGGCGCCUCCUCCUCCUCCUCCCUUCGCCUUUGCCGGAGAUCGCCUCGGAGGCUCCUCCUGUCGCCGCCGUGACCGCCGCCGCCUCCGAGCCCGCGGUUCCCUCUUUGUGGCGGAUCGGCGACGGCGGCAGCAGCAGCAGCAGGAGCCCGCGGGGACCGGAGGCGCCCAUCCCUGAGCGACGGGGAGGCCCGGGAAGGAGGAGGAGGAGGAGGAAGAGGCGAGGUAGAAGACCCGAGCGCCCAACAUGGCUGAUGAUUUUGGCUUUUUCUCCUCCUCGGAGAGCGGGGCCGCCGAGGCCGCCGAAGAGGACCCGGCCGCCGCUUUCCUGGCUCAGCAGGAGAGCGAGAUUGCGGGCAUCGAGAACGACGAGGGCUUCGGCACGGCCGACGGGGCCGCGGGAGGCGUCAGCCUGGAGGCGGGCGAUGCCUCGGCUGAUAUGAAGAGCACAGGGGCCACCGUGAAUGGAGAUGUAUUUCAGGAAUCCAAUGGACCCACAGAUGCCUACGCAGCUAUUGCCAGAGCAGACCGGUUGACACAGGAGCCUGAAAGCAUUCGUAAAUGGCGAGAAGAACAAAAAAAGAGACUGCAAGAGUUGGAUGCUGCUUCCAAGGUGUUAGAACAGGAGUGGCGUGAAAAGGCUAAAAAGGACUUAGAAGAGUGGAACGUGCGGCAAAAUGAGCAGAUGGAGAGGAACCGGGUCAACAACAGGAUUGCUGACAAAGCCUUUUACCAGCAGCCGGAUGCCGAUGUGAUUGGCUACGUAGCCUCUGAAGAAGCAUUCCUGAAGGAGUCCAAGGAAGAGACACCUGGCACUGAAUGGGAGAAAGUGGCCCAACUCUGUGACUUCAAUCCCAAGAGCAGCAAACAGUCAAAAGAUGUCUCACGCAUGCGCUCAGUGCUGAUCUCCCUCAAACAGACACCCCUGGCGCGCUAGCCUAGCUGAAGAGGGGCUGGGGCUGGGACAAGGACGCAGAUUGCUCUUUGGCCAGCAGGUUUAGCUGCAGCACAAGCUUAGACGGCCACCAGUAAGGAGGACACAAAAGCAUCCCAUCCCUGCUCUUUCUUCUUUCCCCUUGAUAUGUUUGUGUCACUCUGGUUGGGUGGAUGCCUGCCUGCCUGUACCCCUUCCCUUGAUUUUACUUUGCUUUAAAAGGGUGCAUUGGUUUCUUUUGACAUAUAUUUAUUAAGGUGUGGUUCCUUGGCAACUGCCCUCUUCAAUUUCCACACCUGCCGCCUUCAGGUAAGGCCACUUCUUGUUGCGGUAUUGGGGGCAUUUAUAAGGUUCCCAGUUUUCAAGGUCUGGCCCCUGUAUUGUGUCAGAUGUGGCCAAUAUAUAGUAGGUAAAACAAUUCAUCUUUCCACUGUACGAGACCUUCAAGGCAGCACCAAACUGGAGCUUACACCUGCGAGCAGGAUUCCCACAUUUGACUUCUCAAUCUGCAGCUGUUUGUAAUCCCAGCAGUGAGUGGUGACUCUUAGAAGCUGCUUACAAGGGAGUGAGUUGGAACUUGGUACCACUUCCCACAGUUGGUAUGUGACAACUUUGGCACAGCUGGGAAAGGGUAUCAGUUAGGAAGUGAACCCUUCAGGAGGAAGCGUGCAAAAGGAAGAGAGUCCUGUUGAAAACUGAAGUCACUCUAGACUUGGGGUAUUGCAGUGGUAAUGAACAGUCUGAAAGUGAGGUCUUUGUGAAUUCCUGAGAGAGUCAUGGGGAGAAGAGAAGCCACACCAAGCCAUCACACUCUUCAGUAAGGACUAGUUCCACUGAAUAUAAUGCUCUUUCUCCUAAUUGUAAGAUACCACUGGAUUUAAUAACGUGUAUAAGCUUAAGUGAGUAAGGAGAAUACAGAAGAUGAUCCCAUGCAGGUUGCAUUAUUACAUACAAACAGAAACACUCCUCAAGUGGGGUUAUUCCACAUUUGCUUAGGAGACAUUAAAUGCAAGGGUAUGAUGUUGGAUGAAUUGGAUUUUCUUGUGAGUGCUUUUCAGACUGACAAGUGGCAGGAAAGGGGUGUUGCUUCACUCGGGAUAAUUUGUCACUGGCCAGGCUUGUGGGGCAUCUUUUAGGCAUUAGACAAACCAAGGCCAAUUCUCUUACAAUCCGUAUCCACGGAAGCAAGGUACCCAGUUCGAACAUAGUAACUUAUAAGACACUCCUGUGCAUGUUUACUUGGAAUUAAGUGUCACAGAGGUAGUGAGGUUGACUCCUCUCUAUGUGCACCUAGGGUUCCAUCUUUUCAGCAUUUGAUACAUUUUGUCUGGAAGCUGAUUCUCCAAACCAUUUGACCUUUGAGAUGUUUUUGGCUUAUAACUUCCGUUAGUCCUAACCAGCAUAGCCAGUGGUGAGAGACUGUAGAAGAUACAACACAGAAACAUCUGGAGGGCCAUAGUAGCCCAUCCCUGCUUUAAACAUUCAGAGAUUUACUGGUGUUAGCCUGUUGCUGCUAAUGUCCUUGUUCCCAUGACAGUCUCCCACCCCAGCUAACAGGCAGGAAACAGCUAUAGCCAAUUCCACUGAGAAGAACCCACUCCCCCAGGUUCUGUGUGAGCAAGCAAUGACUAUAAUUUUUCUCCUUUCCAUAUUAUAUUUGACUCCUGCAGUCUCCUCUUUUGUAAUUGAAGGAAAGCUAAUACAUUGCUCCAGAUUCUCCUUUGGAUGCAUGUUCUGAUGCAAUGGUGCACUUGGAUUCCUUAAUGAAGAUUCUGUAACUUAAGCAAAUGUAUAGGGAGUCAUCCUAACUUCAAAUACACAAGUCUUUAAGAGAACAAUGGCUAGGUAUAGCUGUGAGAUGACUUGGGGAGUACAUGCUUUGAGGAAUUUGGAAUGCAUAGACAGGUAGGAAGAUCUGGACUUCCAGUUUGAUAUUUAUUUUUGGUGUACUGGGGCUGAAAUUAAUCCGUUAAAAAUAGCUAUGAGUCAGUUGUGUGAGACCUCUGGCUCUAGAUAUGUGGGAUUACAAAUCCUACAAUCCUUUACCUUUGGUCAUGGUGGCUGGGGCUUCUGAAAACAAGUACACAACCUGCCAUAAGCACAACAUAGAUUAGCUAGGUUCAUUUCCUUGUGUAAGUUGGUUUCAAAGGGAGCUGCUUUUCUUUUUCCUUUAUACAUGUUUGUUGCUUAAUACCGGGAUGACAACCAUGAUCCUCCAGAUGCUUUUAGCGUAACAUUCCUAUUAGUAAUGUAGGCAUAGCCACUGGUUAGAGAUCAAGGGUGCUGCAAACCAAAACAAUCUGGAGGGGCAGAGUCCCUUAACCCCAUUUUGAUGGAUUCCAUUUAUCAUGCAUUUGCUGUGCUCAUUUUUGCACAGUGAAGCAUUUACAAGAAAAACAUCUAAAAAGAAAAUGAAAGUUCCUAUUCCAGUGAAUAUUUUGAGCGGUUUCCCUGAUAUGUUAACUUGGAAUUUUCCACAAAUAGGCUAUGUCUCAUUAGUGCUUCAUCCUGCAAAAAUAUUUUCUAUAAUUGAAGUCAUCCCAUGCCAGGAUCAGACAGCGUGUAGCUUCCUAGAUGAUGUCAGCCCUAACCAGGAUUUCAGCAACAUCCAGAAGGUUAAACAUUGCUCUGUCCUGCUUCACAGUACCGAGAAAGUUUUUUUCCAUAGGAAUGGGCAACUUGGAUUUAAAAAAACAACAACUACAAUUUAAGAUAUUCCCUUACCCUUGGCUGUGCUGCCUACAGUUGAUGGAAGUUUUAGGUCAAAAACUACUGGACGGUCUCACUUAUGUACCCCUGGCAUAGGGGAAAGGCCCUUUCAGAUACGUUAUUUCAUUCACAGCCCUAGAUUUGAAGAUUACACACAUGCAGGGCACCAGCUUUGUAGUAUGUAGGCAUCUUUGCAAGACAGGGCUCUGUACGUCUCACAUCCCCCCCCCCAAACCCAUAGUAAAUCCUUCUCUUGCAUGUCUUGGGCCUUGACCUGUUGGUUAAAGAUACAUUGAUCUGAAAUGUAACAUUUGCAGUACUUGCACUACAUCUAACUUUUCUGGGCCACCAAUAACUUGGAAACAGAAAUGUGGAAAAAAACUAAGACUACAUUGAUGAGUUUUCAUUCUAGGGAUGUUCUGGGUAUUUAUUAUUUAGAGGUGAAAGCUGGUAACGAAUAAUCUAUAUUCAAACCUUAAGUGACAAGACUAAGUCAAAGAUCUCAGCUGCCAGGCCAGUGGUGGCCGCAUUUUCCAUUGUCAGCUACAGAGAGGUUUGUAACCUAGAGAUAACAGCCUGAUUACUAUCUGGGAGUCAGCAGUGACCUGUGCAACCACUGCAACCUGUGGAAAUGUUUUUCACUUAUUCUGACAUUUAGUUCUGGGUUGACAUUUGCGCUGGCAUCUAGAAGCAAGAAACAUCCUCUGCUUGGAAUUGCCCAGCCAGCCCCUGGUUUUACCACCACUCCAUCUUGUGUCCAAACUUAUGGCGAGGCAGCAAGCUGGGGUGUCACUGGGGGAGGGCAGAAACUUUGUGCAGCGCUGCCUUCACCCAUUCCACUACCCCCAGCUUUAAAAUCUGUGAAUCUGUUAGCCCACCUACUAUUAAUAAACUACCACUGCUCCUGAGACAAAGGGUCA